GCAGACGCAGCAGAGGUGGCUCCGUCUUUGGCGCCCUUUUUGACCAUUUUUGACGUCGAAGGGCACUGGAGUCGCUGGAGUCAUGCCACUCAAUGCCACUUAGCAGUCUUGGAUGACAUCAUGUUUCAUAUGUAUUGCUAUAAUCGUGCAUUAUCGAAGAUACCGGUUUAGUCGCAGUGGGGAGCAGUGAAUCACUCUUUUAAGUUGAUUUUAAUUAGUAAUAGUUGAAUUCGUCAGUCAGCUGAGCAACUUGGCAAAUCUGCGCCUGUCACUUUUUAUCUCACAAUUUCAACAAUGGCUAAUCACGACGAGGACAAAAGCGAGGGUUCCGCCGAAAUAAGGGUCGAAAACGAGGCUGAGGAGUCGGAAGAGCCUGACAAGAUAUUAAUUAUAGAUCCUGAUAGCGAAGAAUUAGACUUCAAUCACUCGAGAUUAACCAAGUUGGAAAAUCUAGAACCACUGACACAAGUACGAAGAUUAUGCUUCACAUGGAACCUGAUUAAGAAGAUAGAGAAUCUGGAUACGCUCACUAGUUUAGUGGAAUUGGAAUUAAGGGAUAAUCAAAUUGUAGCCAUAGAGAAUCUGGAUGCUCUCGUGAAUCUAGAACUUUUGGAUUUAUCAUUCAAUCGCAUUAAGAAGAUAGAAGGGUUGGGCAAUUUGUUGAAUCUACAAAAAUUAUUUUUAUCAUCGAAUAAGAUUUUGCAAAUUGAGAAUGUCGGGCAUCUGGUGAAUCUUACGACCUUGGAAUUAGGUGAUAACAAGAUACGUGAAAUUGAGAAUCUGGAGAGUCUUGACAAACUGACCAAUUUAUAUCUCGGCAAGAACAAAAUUACUAAAAUCCAAAAUCUGGACAGUUUGAAGGACCUCACACUGCUUAGUUUACAAAGUAAUCGAAUUACGAAGAUUGAGAACAUUGAGGAAUUAAAAAAAUUGGAUCAAUUGUAUUUAUCUGAAAAUGGUAUCACAUGCAUAGAAGGUAUAGAAAAUUGCCCAGGAUUAACGACGUUGGAUUUAGCUAAUAACAAAAUUAAAAAAAUUCAAAAUGUGGAUCAUCUUGAAAAUCUUGAAGAAUUUUGGAUGAAUAAUAAUGAAAUUGAAGACUGGAACACACUGGAGAGUUUAACAGCCAACAAAAAAUUGCAAACUGUAUAUCUGGAGCACAAUCCCAUUGCAAAGGAUCCAAAUUAUAGGAGAAAAAUCAUGCUGUUGUUGCCAUGGUUAGAACAACUAGAUGCGACUCUUUGUAAGAGAAAAACAGGUCAACAGUGGAAGGAAUAACAACAAGUAAAAUUAUGAAUAGAAAGUACGACUAAAGAAAUAGCAAAACAUUGUUGUCAUGAAGAAUCCAUGUGAUGGAAUCCAAAUAUUGCACUGUUGUUACUCUCUUUUGUUGUACUCGAUACGAUCAUUGCGUAGAGGCUUGGCCACAUAAGAUAAAUAAUAGUACUUAUACCGAACGCGCGCUUGACAUUAGACUACUAUGAAACUAUUCGCUGUUGAAGUUAUUUGGUAAUUUUCUUUUGUAUUAGAAAAAAAAAUGGGAGACGAUCGGUCCUUGUGUCAUUAUGAUAAACUGAAGCAACUCUACUUCAAACACACAAAUCUUAAUAUAUUCUCUUCCUCCUCUAAUUACAUAUACCAUCAUAUCAUUACACCUUUCUGUGAGAAAAUAUCUGCAUGUAUAUUUCUUUAUAAAUUGUGUUAAGAAUAUAAUAGGUAUAGUCGCGAAUAAUAUUUCAUUUAUUUUUAAGAUAUAUUUUGAUUAUUUCCUACAAUUAUUUUUAACGAUUAAUGUGUGUUACAAAACCUAGUGUUCACGAUGCUAGAAUUGGUCUGAGAUCUCGGAUGAAGAAAGAAUUGACAUAUUUGAACAAUUCAAUCAAUUGACUGAUGUAAUUGAUCUAUUUUCUUCAGCGUCGUCGAUACAAGGUUUUAUAAGGUUAAAAUGUAUAUCCAUAUUUUAUAGUAACGCCAAGGAAGUUUUUUGUAAUUUUUGUCAUUUUGUUGACCCCUCUUGAUAACAAUUAUUGUUACUAUGUAAUCAUGCGCAGUAUACUCUAAGCUUACAUAAAUAAAUCAUUAUUAAAUGUCUCGAA